UAUCUUUAUUCUCAUGCUGGUAUCAGAGUUACCUUUUGAGAUCCUCUUAAGAGUUGCAGAGCAUCUAUCAAAAAGUGACAAGACUUCCUGUGCUUCGGUUUGCAAAAGGUGGACCCCUCCGUUUCAAGAGUCUCUCUGGAAGAAUAUCAAGGCAAAGUCCCUAAAAGAUAUAGAUAGAUUUUACAAUCUUUCAAAGCAUUCGACAAACAAGUUUCCGUAUACUCUCAACAGAAGUCUGAUUAUUGGAGGGAAGAGUACCUUUACCGACUGGCUGAAAUGCUGUAUCUUUCAGACAUUUCCGAACUUGAUGCACCUUGACAUUCUGUCUAUGCGUAUGGAAAACAAAGAUGUACACGAGUCAGAAUAUUGUGGUCCAAUCAAGUCACUUGUUAGCCUACACUUAAAAUUUUCUACUAUGGGGAAGCCGAUGGUUACGCCAAAAAUCAUCAGGUUUAUCGCACAAUUUCCUAGCCUCGAAAAAUUAAAUAUCCAUUCAUAUGGUCCGUAUUAUUCAAUGCCCUUGACUACGAGUGACAUCAACACCAUUCACCAAAAUUCACCCCAGCUAAAAUCUAUCAAGGGUUACAUCUCCCUCGAUAACAUCGACCAAGAUUCUGUGAAAACUAUUCCAAACACUAUGCCCGUACCCUUAGUAAAAGCACUUGAUCUCCUCAUUACAAGCCAGAGUUGUCUAUGGUCGCAUUACCUAUGGUUGUGUUACUUUAGGUACAAAUAUCCGAAGCUGCGUAGCUUGAAAUUGAAUAUCGUGUGUAAAGAAGGCGGCUUUAGCUUUAAAGAGUAUAAUAAGAGAAACGGAUCGUUUUCUAGUUCGGCCACACCAGUAUUUCUACUCUUAGAAACCGUUCAAUUCCAUAUUAAUGACAAGAGAAAAAUCCCGAACGCUUUUCUUUGGGACAUCAUUCAGCAGUCAAGUACUUCAAUUAAGAGGUUAAAAUACAAGACCUUUUCAAACACUAGAAAAACUGCCCCCAUCGAAGAAGCCGAACCUUUUAAUAUUAAUAAUAUUAUAAUACCAAAUUUCUCUCGCUAUCCACUAUUGGUGGAUCUUGAUAUCGAAUACAGCAAUAUAUCAAUUGCCUUGGACGAUCUAUUGGAUAACUGUAGAGCACUUAGGCAUCUUUACCUUUCCAAAGUACAGCUGUGUACCAGUAGACACGCACACAAUAACCCGAUACAACAUGCAUUACAGACCUGUGAUUUAGAGGAUAUUAUUAUAAAGACUUCUGUAUUUAAUUAUAUCUCUUUCAGAUGUAGAAGUUUGGACCUUAUAAAACUGACUAGACUAAAAAUCUGUGGGUCGAUAUCUAAAGAAACGGGAGGCAUGGACAUUGACAUGUCCUAUACAAGAAUCAAAAUGCUGAUAAUCGACCGUAUCAAAUUCUACUCAUCCAGCAAUAAUAUCAACGACAGCACUAAAGUCAACUUGUUUUUGCUAUCCCAUCUACCCGAAACCAGUCAGCCAAAUGAAAAUAUAAAGAUGAAAAAUGUAGAAUCUCCUAUGAGCUUCAUACGUUGGUUCCACAGCAUCAAGAAUGAUGAACAGUCUCACAAUUUUAAGCAAGACUCCAGAGAGCUUUCGGAUCAAGAUGGCCAGGAAGUACUUGAUUAUUAUCAUAAACACUCUUAUACAAAGGUCAGCAAUGGGCAAGAACAGAAGAAAUACUUUGAAAGAUCUUUAAAGGACUAUUGGGAAAAGGAUCUCUGCAGAGGUUAUGCCGAAUUUAGAUGUGGUUACAUAGCUAAAUAUGUUAUACCUCAAUUGUGGUAAUGUUUUAUACUUUGUCUAUUCAAAAAAAUCAAAAAUAAAAGAAAAUGGAAGAAACAGUUGAAUAU